UUAAGAGAUUACCAACUGAGAAACAGUCCUGGUGGUCCUCCAGGAACAAAGAACAAAAUGAAAACUGUCAGUAGCCCUGAUUUAACCACUUCUGGGGGUUGCCAGUCACCUAAGGAGCAGGAGAGUAGGUGUCAGCAGGUGAACUCCUUAGGUGUCCUGCAGGAACAACUGCAGUCCUACCAUGACUUGAUAAAAGAACGAGAUGUUCUCCACCUGCACUUGGAGUACAACAAGAACACCUAUGAGGAUCUCAAGUGUCUCCAGUCCCAAUUGAAGGGGAAGCUUCGGGUCCUUGUGAUGGAGAAGGCAGCCUUGCAGAUCCAGAUGAAAAAGCUCGAGACAUCCAAGCCCCUGCCACAACAAGUGACUGCCUGCAGCCCAGGACUUUGGUUUUAUGGGAGUGGGGCGCGGCCGGCGACGGGAGAGGGAGUGUCACCGCGGACGCUGCGCGCGCGGCGGGGCCAUUGCGCGGGGCUGCGGCGAGCUCGAGCUGCCAGCCCCGGGCCCGCUGGUGCUAGGGACGGCUUGCGCCAGCGCUUCGAGCACUUUCUGGAACAGAGGGAAUUGGCCACCGAAGCGCUCUGGGCGCUCGAAGUCAGGAGCGGUGUCGACCGGCGCUAUCUUGCCUGGGAUGAGCCGUCCGCGGGGUCUGUCACUCUACUAAGCAUGUGUCUGCUGUUUGGUUAUGGGGUGUCUCUACUCUUCAAUCUAAUCAGCUUUGUUUUCAAAGCCAUCAAGAGCCCAAGCAAAAAUUACAACACUGUCUGGUUCACCCACUGGGUGGUGUACGCCCUGUUCAGGCUGGCUGAGUUCUUCAGCGAUCUACCCCUGUUCUUGUUCCCUUUCUACUAUGCGGGCAAGUGUGCCUUCCUGUUGUACGUGACUCCUGGGCAUGGGGCCCUCAUACUUUAUCACCCAGUCAUCUGUCCGCUGUUUCUGAAGCAACACACGGCCGUGGACAGUGCUGUGAGCAACCUCAGGGGGCAACUUCUAGACGCUGCAGCCACAAUAACCAGGGAUGGUGCAUGCUUGCUGGCUGCGGGGCUGUCUCAGCCUGUCGUCUUCCGGGUCUCGAUGGCCCUUCGGUCCUCAGGGUCCAUGCACAAUUCCAGUGCCCCUACCAGCCACGUGCCACCUCUGGUCCAGUCUGCCAGUGUCACCACCAUCCCCAUGCAGCCCCCCAGCAAGGCCUCCAGAAAGCCAGGGGACGUGGCACCCAAGACCAGCAGGUGGCACUGGAAGUGGUCCUCAAAGCCACCAGCCAGCAGCAGCUUGGUGCCCAAGCUGACCAUCCCCUGCCACUUUGAGUCCUCUCUAGAGUACACCUCUGAGUUCAGCACCAAGGUCACCUGUAGCUGGCCACACCACAGACAUAGGCUCCAGUGCCUGCAGCACUACUGGCACCUGAACCACCUGGCCUGCUAG